CAAUUUUCCUAUUUACUUUGUUGAAAUGAAUCUUAGCUCACUCAUUUCCCAUAUCUCUGCUUAUAGCCGUUGUUAGACGCUGAAAACGCUACCUAUCUACUCGCGACAAGCCACUAUCUUCGAUUUCUCAAGGCACCUACAACGGACUCAACCAAUACGCAUAGUCAUACCGGUUAUAUUGAUAAUCUCGCGUCCGGCCGGAUUCACGGGUGUUUUGCGUGAACAAGCUUGCACGUGUCGAACUCUAUCUCGUAUGCUCACACUGGCAAGGAGCAUUAUGAUUGGCCAUGUCCCACUAUGAUAGCUGCAGACUUGAGCUUUUGACGUGGUGGUGAUGCUAUCCAACGACAAAGGCGGGGUAAAGAACAAGCAGCUCGCUGAGCUUGCUCCCCGCUCGUUGGAUACGGACUUGCAUGCAUUGCAUUGCAUGCAUGCAGCCAGCGUGCAGCGCGCCGUGUGCGGCGGAGCCAGGCCUCGGGAGGCACGCAUUAGUGGCGACCUUUGGCUCCUAGUCGCUUGCGCCUACUGCGUGUUUGUCUAUCUGCAGAUACUAGCGUGUGCUUUGCAGUCGUGGGGGAUCGGGGGACUGGGGUUGGAUGCAUGGAUCGCGUCGUGUUGAGUGUGGGAUUUUGUAUGUAAGGUGAGCCGAAGCGAGAAGUAUGCAGGCAGGUAGACCUGGUACGGGAAUAACUCUCCAUGGUCAUAAGACAGAUUACGUGCUUUGGACAUUUGCUCCUUGCCACCGAUCGGGUUUUCACGUGGUGGGGGCGUUUGAACGAACGGUACAUGUUCAUGUCUGGUAGACGAGAAGUGUUUCGCAUGUCACUUCUCCGCCUUUCGUAUGUCAUGGCGCUCCUGGUCUGCAUCCUCGGACGUCGAUCGCUUUAGGCAUUUCGUAUGGACGUGCUGUCAAGAUCGUGUUGUUACUGCUUAUCUGCCUCCAUGUCAAUCUGCAUGACGUCUGAUCUACAACGCUCUGAUAAGCGAUGCGCAGAGACGCAAGCAGACGUCGCGUACACACAACCUAGUAUCCCACUUCGCCGCGGACCUCUGACGCGUGGUGGUUCCCGUCUGAUGUCAUCUAUCGCGGGACGGUAUUUGG